AUGGAGAAGCCUGGCAGUAUGAGAACCGUGGGAGGAGGGAUCGAAGAGAACAUAUUGGCAAUCCUCGACUCUUCUGAAGCUAAAGACACUCUGAACGCCUUCGAGGAUAGAGUCGCUUUUAUCGAAGCUGUUCGUGCUGCUUCCAUUGUAGCAAAAAAUGGAACUCCACCUACCUAUAAAAUGUAUGAGGCAAUCUUCUCCAUCUUGAGGAUUGGAAAGUCUCUAGAAUUGACUAUGGCAAGUUUUCAGCUUUUGAAUGAGUUAGAUAAGCGUUUCCCUCGGGUAAAUUCUUCUAAUGUGGAUAAAUCAAAUUCAUCAAGCAGUGUACCUGAACUAAUCAUGGUUCAAGAGGUUUGGUUUCCAUUUGUUUUCAGCUCCAAAAAUGCUAGCCGGGAGAGGGGAGCUGCGAAUAACUCAGAGGGACCAGUUGACUCAUCAGGUUUCCAACUUUUGAUACAAGACCUUGCUGACGCAACCGAUGAAGGAAACUUACGAGCAUCAGAAACAAAGUCCUUAGCAAACAUGCUAUUGUUUCAAUACCUAGUUAACGUUUUUGAAGGAGAUUUUCGACCACGUAACAGUGUCUAUGAAGAUACCAUGAACUGGGUAGUUCUGAGAGAGUCUUUACUGAACGUGCUUCUGGUGUCAAGACAAGUAAACUACAAAAGCUUGAUGAAGGAUUGCUUGACCAUUAUGUGUAAACUGUAUCAAAACUGUGCUGGAUUCACCGACGAUCUGAUAUGUUCAGAGAAUUCUGCAGCACAACCAGCUGAAAAUUUUGAUACUGCUGCUGCAAUUUCUUUACUUGAGGUAGGAAAGCAUACCUGCAUAGCCAUGCAGAAGUUUCUAAUAAUGAUUAUGGAGCUUGAUGUGUCCAAGAAGAGUGCAGAGAUGCAAGGUUCUACUACCCGAGCUGAUGGUGUCAGAACUCCUCUGGUGGAGAUAAUUCUGGACGAGCUAACAUACAAUAGAGAUAUUAUUUCCCCAUUUCUUCAGGUUUUCAAUGAACCUAAAUGGAAGCUUGAGGUAGUUGUGCAGUACUUGUGGAAGUACAUUGGUAAGCCUUCUGUUCGCACUCGUAGGUCAAACAGUCCUACGGACGAUGCAUCAUUCACUGGAGCAUUGAAGUGCUUUUCAAAUAUCACCAGCACAAAAAGUACCUUAAAAAAGAUUAGGACAGAAGUAAUUCAGUUGUUGUUAGCACAUGGCUUUCAGGCUCAUUUGUUGCUACCAAGUGAGCACCAUCCUGUUGAAGACACCUCUGCUUCCAAUGAAGAAAGAAGUUGCAGCUCGCUUAUUGAGAUUUGCAAGAAUAUAAUAUCUGCAUUUAAAAAUAUGAAGACAGCAGACAAGCAGAUGGAGAUUUUGUCACUUGGUAAGGAAGCACUAUUUACGGCCGCUACUAUCAUAUCAGCAAAGUCAUAG